AAACGCAGCAGAAAAGUUAAGUUUUCACGGCCGCUGGAAUAUUGGAAAGAAUUUGAUAAAGAAACUGGGAAUAUAAGUGAACUGAAAGACUCGAGGGUAAAAGAAAACUUGGCACUUCAGAGUAAAAAACGAACCGACACAAGUAGACAAAACAACGAUCCCAAAGGAAGGACAAAAUCUCAGAGCAUAGCAAAAGUCGUUGAAGCCUUUCAAAAACGACAGAAUGAAAAGUUGAAUGUGUUGAAACAGUCGGAAGAGAAAGAAAAGGAUUGUAUAAGCGGAUGCAAACAAAACGUGAAACUCUCUGUGUUUACGCCAGGUUCUGUACACAUAAAAAAGCCAGACAAAAACAGAAAACUACAUUCUGUUGUAAACUGUCCUAAAUUAACAACGGACGGAGCACUUUUGUGUAAUUUUCAGAAAGAAUCCUCGCGAAUCCAAAAUUACUGUACUUAUUCAUUUUCAACUUCUCUACGCAUGUUAACCGGCUUUAAAGAGCGUCCUUUUUUGCCGAUUGUUUGCUCAAGUCGCAAGUUAUACGAUGACCGUUUGCUUCCAAACACACCGGCGGAAAACUGUAUGAGUGGAAAUUAUCAGACUGCUGGAAAAGCCUUGCCGCACGUAGUGAAAAAAUUAACCACACCAUACAUUGUACAAUUAUUUGAAUAACAGUUGCAAUAUUAUGUACGUCGAAAUUAUUUAUUGAUUUAUUUAAACGAAACAUGUAGCACGCUCUGGAAAACGUGUCGGCAGAAAGCUCGACACGAAGCAAAUGGUAAUAAAAAAAUUAACACCCGCUAAAGAAAAAUAUGGACUGGUCAAUUUUUCUCGGAACAUGUGUCGCAAAAAAUUGCUAGAUAACGUUGCAAGGAAAAUUGCCUUGUGGUACAGCCCGUGACUUAAACGCCAUUAACAACAAAAGAAAGCUCAAGAAAUGUUGAAACAAUGUUCAAAGACCAAAUAAAUUUUCAAAUUUAAACCAGCUUUUCCAAGCUAACAUCUCACAACGUAUAUGUUGACAUUAGUUGCCCCAAAUUUUGUUAACAAGUUAUUUUUCAGCAUGCCAGUAUGGCAUUCAGUCGCUCCUGACAGAAAAUGUAACACGGCAGUACCCUACUCUUGCGCAUGCGCAAGGCUUUCUGACCCCAAAAAAAAUAAGGGUAAGAAGCGACGUUUCGACCGCGCUGUGGUCAUUAACAAGUCGUUAUUAAACAUUAUUAAGCAUGACCCGAUAUUGACCGAAGCGCAGUCGGAGCGUCGUUUUGUUAUUCCUCCUUGACUUUUGCCAUUUAAAAAUCCCUAUGAAUCUUUUUUUUAUUAUUCACUCGCACAGUUGGGCGUUGUUUUUCUGUUAUUAUAAUAAUUUCAGUAAGCCAUUUAGAAUUCACACCCUUUAACCUCAAGAUCACAGCGGCCCAGACGGGAAUCUUCGAUUAAAUCCAGAACCGAUACGGGAUUUUACCCGCGGCAACAAGACGGCUAGACGCGCGACAACUGGUCGCAAAUUCCUUUGCGACCAAAAGCGAACAUGGCUUAAAGUACCUAAGGCAUCCUGGGCAACAAAAACAAUUGUUAUUCAGUCUCCAGACAUAAAAACCUAUUCUAAUCCUAUGUAAACCAGCUAUUUCGAAGCCAUUUUCACAGCUGCAAUUCUUUUUCUGCAUGUUUGAACAGGUUUCUAAGAAUUCUGUGUAGUUUUAUAUGACAUUAAGUACCACAGAAGCAUAUAAACGCUCCAUGAUUUCCAUUUGAAAAAAUAAAGUGUUUACUGAGUGCUUACGGUCCUUUGUUUUGACAGAUAAUUGUAUUAUUGUAAUGAAUAUUGGUGUCAUCUCUCUUGACCUUGUACUAAAUACCAUUGUGCUUUUUACCAAUGAAAAACUUUGUUGCUUAAUUACCUUCCACAAGCCUUUAAUCUUAAAAGAUUAAAUCAGGUAGAGUGAUGGGCAUGUUACACGCUGAGUAAAUAGAGGUUUAAGUUUUUUGCGUUGCCAACAGACAAAAUUGAAACAAAUCGGAUUGCCGACAAGACAAGGCACCUUUGGGGUGACUCAAGACGAACCGAGUCUCAGUCGGUCGCAUUCUACUUUUAACACGCGUAAAUGGUGUAGAAUUUCACGCGGAAUUGUUCAAGACUCUUGGGGCUCAACGCCUUACGUCGUACGGUCUAUACGAUUUUAUAAGUGUACAGAUCUAUCGACCGAAACAACGGGAAGACAAGACACUAUAAAAAAAGGUGAAACAGUUGCUGUUUGACAGUAUCAAAGAAAAUCUGCACAUCUAUUUUUAUAAUAAACGUACGUGGCGUUUAAAACAUCUUGAGCAAAAUUGGCUCAGCGAUCUUUCGCCGGAACUGUACGUGAUAAUUAUGACAAAACCUCCAGGACGGGGAAAAAAGAAAGGCAAGAUUCCUAUAUCUCAAGGACAAACUAAGGAACUUAGCUCAACUAAGGAAGAUCGAACUAACCUGGGAGAGGAAGAAAACGACGAAUACAGGGAAAUGACAAAGGGAAUAAACCUAGGCAGACUGAGUCUGACUGAUCUAGUCUGCACAGACAGUUACAGUCUUUACGAAAGGACUUCGUUUAGAAAGCACUCGGAAUUUAACGAGGCGGGCAAAAGUUUCAAGACUACUUUAGAGAAAUAUAACGCGGCAGACAGCAACAAUAAAGGUCAACUUAAAUCAUCUCUACCUCCACUGAGGCACAAAAGAGAUAACCAUAAGCUGUUGCCCUUUGUGACUGAAAGACAUGCAAGCGAGCAUUCGGUGCUCGAAACAAAACCAGGCGACUACAUGGAAAAUAAACGAGAGAUUAUCGCUCCAACUUUAUCUGAAAGUCGAAAAAAACUGGCGUUGAGUUUGUCCUUUGUGGGAAUUUAUGACCUGGACGAGAUGUACGCCGAGAGAAUAGGAAAAGGAAAAGAAAACAAAAGAUUAAAUACAUUAAAAAUAAACCAGGAUCAAGGUUUUGAAACUUUAGACGAAUCGGAAGGCACGUCUCAUAAAGUUUCACCAGUUGCAGCGAAAUUCGAUAAAGAAAGAACGAAAACUUAUGUUAUUAAAACCCUAACGCUUGAAGACGAGAGCCCUUUAAGCCAACAAACUUUAAUCCAGGAUAAACUCAUUCUACCUGAAAUUAAAGAGCGUACACUACCCCGCGCACGUCCAGACAAAAUUGUAUACGGUGAAUACAAAAAGAUGAAGGACAACAGGUUACCCAGUAUUGGUCGAAGUAAGAACAAGUUUAGCUACAAAGGUUCGGAACGACCGAAUAGACACAGAAGAAAAGAGAGAUUGCACGAUAACUCUUUUGAACGUACUUAUUUGGAGACAAAAAUUCCACAGUUACCACUUUUAGUAAACGGCAGGUUAACAUAACGAUACAUAGCCCAACCUUGUUCCCAGGCUCCUCUCUCUCUCGCUCCGAUGGCCAUGAUUGUUGGCACAAACUUUAAGUUAUUUAUUUUAGAGUUUCAACUAGCUAUGUAUUCACUAUUUAAGAUUCUAUUUAUUUAAUUGAUCAUCCACUUUUACAUUCAAACUUCGUGCACUGUCCUAAAGGCUAAAGCUAAAGACGUCACACAUAUAGCGUUUGUAUUUUCAUGAACUGAUGAUUUCCUUCGCAAUGAGUAAUUUUGUUUCUAAGAUUUAAAUUUCUGGCUCUGAAUGACUUUAGUUUAUUAGUGAAGUGAAUCAUUCAUUCGUAAUCUUGCGCAUGCGCUCAGUUGUGUCACGACUGGUCCAGCCAACACUAAAACAGGAUUAAAUUCACUCUUUCAAAGAAAUUCCAUUUUUUAGUCUUUAGACCUUUAGCUUUGUAAUGCUGCAUUUUGUGAGCGAUAAGAUACAAGUUGUAUCUGAAUAUCUUUAGUCUUCUUCGUAGCCGUUUUUAGGGUCGUCUUGCUACGUUCCUCUCCACUUCGUGACGACCCUGAUAACGGAUUCGAGGGAGACUGGAGUUGUCUGAGAUACCAACGCGGAGGGGACCGCAAAGACACCCAGGGACCCCUCCCCCUGGAUUUUCGUAACAACAAUGAACUUUAGACCAACGAAUUCAUUUUUUUCUUCAGUCUGUAAUUCAUUUAUUUUGUUUCAUAAUAAUUGUUCAAUUAGACGAAGUGAGCGGACAAAUUAAGGUUUGGCAUGUUCUCUUGCCAUUAGGCUCGAUUACAAAGACCGGACUUGAGAGAGCCGGGCGGAAAUGGAGCUUACUUACAAUUCUUUUAAGAGCUUUACAUAGUGUGAUAACUCAUAAGCUAGAGUGUACUUUUCCAAACUAAACUGUAAACAAAUUGUUAGAACCUUUUUGCGAACGUUGUUGUCAUUUUAAUUAAGCUGUCGCGUUGCUAUUAACUCCAGUCAUUUUAUUAAAAGACCAAUUGUAUGAAAAGCAUUCAUCUUUGAAAUGCUUACAGCAGAGAGCGAACUGCAAGUUCGUCAAGGCAAUUUAUACAAUCCAUCGCAUUAUUUCAUACGUAUUUUUAACAUAAGGCGUGCUCUUGAGUAUAUGCCAAUAAGCAAUUCAUAUAGACUUGUUCCUUUUAUAGCAGGGGCAAUUUAUGUUCCUUUGUUUACAGAAGGAUUAUGGUGCAAUUUGAUAAAGAAAUUAUGCCUUGCUCAGAUCAUUCUUCAAAAAGGCAAUUAAUCACCAGUAAUAAUGCUUCUCGGAAUACGACGACAUUUUGGACAACCAUAGUUGUUUCUGGUUUCUCGUGUCCACUGAAGCUGGUCAAUUGCAGAAGAAAAGAACAUGAAGGCCAAUAUUACAAGAAUAUUACGGUAUGGCUGAAAAAAUGGCGAAGACUUUGAUCCCCUGAUGAAUAUCACCAAUUUGGUGACGCUAUCCCGGUUGAUAACGAGCGACUUGUAUGCAAGAAAACUGAUAUAUUUGUUCCCUAGAAGGGCUGUUGAGUAUAUUUCCAGUCAGAGGAGCGUGGCAUUUUUUUGUACUUGUGUACAAUGGCCAAAUUAAGCCACCUUAAUGUGUUAUUCCAAGACGUUCAGGCCUUUAAAAGAAAAAGUUCUCUAAACAUCAGCAAAAGUAAGACAAAACGGCCGCCAUUCUUCCUGCCGAAGUUGAAUAUAACGAAAACAUUGACAGAGGCAGGAAAAUUUCACCAUAAAGCUGAUUUGGAGUUGGAUGUACGCGGGCUCGAGAGAAAAACUUUACAAGGGGAUGAAGUUUUAGGUAAGACAGGAAUACAAAGUAAGAAAAAGACAAGAUGGACGACUAAAAACAAGGUAAAUAAACUUUCAUCUCCUGGCAACAAGAUGAUAGAUCAGGAAAGUCGCGACCCCUCUCUUCCGCCGGUAUACUCCAAGUCUUUAACACCAACCCUCUCCAAAGAAAAGAAUUUGAGCCUCUCGAAUCCAAAGAAACUACCUGUACACGAGCUAGAGUUCGCGCUUAACACGCUAUUGAAAGUGAUCGAGAGAAGUAAAGAACAGAAAAAGACGACGAAGGAGAAAUUUGAAAGGAGCGUUGUAAAGGGAGAGCAGAAGCCAAUAAAUGAAAAGACCCGCCUUGUAGAGAAGCCGAGAACUGGCCUUUCUUCCGAGUGUUCUAUGUAA